AGUAUUUAUGUUAGAAAGUUAAAAGCAUCUCCAAAAUGUAUUCUCACUUCACCUAACAUAUAUAUGUAUAUAGUUACACAUUAAAGAAGAUAUUUUGUUCAAAAAAAGAUUCUGGUCUGCAUAGCCGACGGUAGGUUUUCCGAUGGCUGCCGAACAGAUAGCUUACACAGUAAAAGAAUUCGCCCCAGCAGUACCGGGAUGGCUAAACAAAGGAGACAACGCAUGGCAAAUGACGGCAUCGACAUUAGUGGGGAUUCAAAGCAUGCCUGGUCUUGUCAUCCUCUACGCUAGUAUUGUUAAAAAGAAAUGGGCCGUCAAUUCCGCCUUCAUGGCGCUUUACGCCUUUGCUGCAGUCCUCAUUUGCUGGGUACUUUUAUGUUACCGUAUGGCCUUUGGUGAUGAACUCCUCCCUUUUUGGGGUAAAGGUGCUCCGGCUUUAGGACAGAAGUACCUUCUUGGCCGAGCCAAGGUACCGGAGAGUAAGCACAGGGGCUACAAUGAUGUAGAUGAUAUCACCGAGCCUUUAUAUCCCAUGGCUACCCUUGUGUAUUUCCAAUUCACUUUUGCUGCUAUUACUCUUAUUUUGCUAGCUGGUUCAGUCCUUGGCCGUAUGAAUAUUAGGGCCUGGAUGGCUUUUGUGCCUCUAUGGCUUAUAUUUUCCUACACUGUUGGAGCUUUUAGUCUUUGGGGUGGCGGCUUUCUUUAUCAUUGGGGUGUCAUUGAUUACUCCGGGGGAUAUGUUAUUCACCUCUCCUCCGGGAUCGCCGGUCUCACCGCCGCAUACUGGGUUGGACCAAGGCUAAAAUGUGACAGAGAAAGGUUUCCACCAAACAAUGUUUUGCUAAUGCUUGCUGGUGCUGGCUUGCUAUGGAUGGGAUGGUCAGGUUUCAAUGGCGGUGCACCAUAUGCUGCAAAUAUUGACUCUUCAAUAGCAGUACUAAACACAAAUGUCUGUGCAGCAACAAGCCUUCUUGUCUGGACAUCUCUUGAUGUUGUGUUCUUUGGAAAACCUUCCGUGGUCGGAGCUGUUCAAGGAAUGAUGACAGGCCUUGCUUGCAUCACCCCAGGAGCAGGUUUGGUGCAAUCAUGGGCUGCUAUUGUCAUGGGGAUGCUUUCAGGCAGUAUUCCAUGGGUAUCUAUGAUGGUCCUCCACAAGAAAUGUAGUCUGCUACAAAAGGUAGAUGAUGCUCUUGGUGUAUUUCACACACACGCAGUGGCUGGCCUGUUGGGCGGCCUCCUCACCGGGCUUUUAGCUGAGCCAGACCAAUGCAAGCUAAUACUACCAUUCGACACAAGGGGUGCAUUUUAUGGUGGCAAUGGAGGAGUACAAUUCUUGAAGCAAAUAGUUGCAGCCUUGUUCGUCAUUACUUGGAAUGUAGUCUCUACAUCAAUAAUUCUUCUGUUUGUAAGGCUGUUUAUACCAUUACGAAUGCCCGAUAACCAGCUCGAGAUCGGUGACGAUGCUGCCCAUGGAGAAGAAGCAUAUGCUCUCUGGGGUGAUGGUGAAAAAUAUGACCCAACACAACAUGGUUGGCACACCUCUCAGUUCUCAGAAGUGGCAGCACCUUCACCUUAUGUCAAUGGUGCAAGAGGAGUAACCAUUAAUCUUUAGGUUCAGUCAAUUAAACAUUUGCUGUAAAUAUGAUUUUAUUGGUAGAGGUCUUCAACUCUUUGCUUAUUGAAUUUUGAGAAAUGGAGAUUAUCAUUUCCAAUGCUUUGAA